GUCGACUUGGAUACUAUCGAUCUCUCUAAUCUCAAUCGUCAGUUUCUAUUUCGCAAACAUCAUAUAAAGAAAUCGAAAGCCCACGUCGCCCGAGAAUCAGCAUUAAAAUUCAACCCAAAUGUUAACAUAAAGUCACAUCAUGCUAACAUAAAAGACCCCGAAUUCAGCGUCGAAUGGUUUAAAAGCUUUGAUAUUGUCAUGAAUGCUCUUGACAAUCUUGAGGCUAGAUUUCAUGUGAAUGAGAUGUGCAUGGCCGCAAAUAUACCGUUACUUGAAUCUGGGACUGAGGGUUAUGUUGGCCAAGUGACCGUUAUAAAGAAGGAUGAAUCCGAAUGCUACGCGUGUCAAGAGAAGCCAAAGAAAAUAACAUAUCCUGUCUGCACUAUACGUAGCACCCCCAGCAAACCUAUCCAUUGUAUAGUGUGGGCAAAGAGCUAUCUCUUCAGUCAGUUAUUUGGUACACCUGACGACGAGGAAGAGGAAAUAAAAGAAGACAUGGAUGCUGAUAAUGCCCAGGAGAUCGAGAAUUUGAAGCGAGAGACACAGGAAUUGAUAAAAAUCAGAGAAGCGAUAGGAUCAGACAAUUAUCCGUAUUUAGUAUUUAAGAAGGUGUUCACUGACGACAUUAACAGAUUGCUUACGUGGGAAGAUGUUUGGAAAAAGCGAGCACCCCCCAAGCCAUUGGUAUAUGAGACGCUUGAAAACGGUGUAAUAGAUAAUGGAACUGGGCAAUAUUCGUCAAACUCUGGAACGCUUGAGGAUCAGAGAGUAUGGUCUUUAAAAGAAAACUUUAACGUAUUUGUCGAUAGUGUCCGACGACUGAGCAAACGAGCGUUGAAGGAAAAAGCGGAAGAUCCAACUGCGUCUCUAUCGUUCGAUAAAGACGACGAUGACGCUCUUGAUUUUGUCACGGCUACAGCUAAUUUACGUUCUUAUAUAUUUGAUAUUAAGAUGAAUUCAAAAUUUGAUGUCAAAGCCAUGGCAGGAAAUAUUAUCCCAGCCAUAGCAACGACAAAUGCUAUCAUUGCGGGGAAUGAUUGUGAUGCAAGCUUUUAA